CUAUUAUUUCUUCUCCAAGGCCUACGGUCGCGGCAAUCGAGACCAGCCUGAAGAAAAAGGCACAAGAUGACUACAAAAUGCCAGACAAAGAGCAAGUUGAAAAGGCCAAGUAUAUACUCGAAGACCCUGAUGGCCUUUUUUACCAUUUCGCUGUUGCUGGAGUUACUGGUACUGGGAAGUCUUCUUUAAUUAAUGCUCUCCGAGGUUGUGAAGACAAUAAUGCGAGUGCGGCCAGGGUUGGCAUUGUUGAGACAACUAUGGACAUAAAGCGAUAUCCAGACAGAAGCUCACUAUUUAAGAAGUUUGUAUGGUACGAUGUUCCAGGUGCUGGCACACAAGCAAAUAGAGGGUGGCAGUAUUUCAAUGACAAUGGGCUUUUUGUUUUUGACUUCAUUAUCAUUUGUUGGAAAGACCGAAUCUCGGAGACCGAUAUGCAAAUCCUCGAUCAAUGUGAAAAGUUUGAAAUACCUACCUUCCUUGUGAGGACAAAUUCCGAAACACACAUCCGUAACCUAAAACGAGACUGCAAGAUAACAGAAGAAGAGGCAAUCAAAAAGCUUAUCAAAGACACAUGUGAAAGUGUCAAAAAAAAUCUCGAAGCCGGCAAUUAUAAUGAUCCGAACAAGAAGGUUUAUAUCGUCGAUAGAUAUGUCCUGGGCGAAAUCGUUUCUACAAAGAUGCAUUACUCAAAUAUUACCGAAGAUGAUCUUCGUGAAACAGUAGAUAGUGUAGAAGGCAUAAUUGACGAAUGCAACCUUUUAAUGGACCUGCUUAAUACGGCUAAGGGGGAGGCAAAGACAGAGGAGUUGAAAAAGGAGUUGAAAAAAGCACAAGAUGCCUGGUUCCAAGGCAUUCCUCCAGACAAAAUACCUGACGAAGAGCAAGUUAAAAAGGCCAAGUCUAUGCUCAAAGACCCUAAUGGCCUUUUUUACCAUUUCGCUGUUGCUGGAUAUACUG